AUGGUUAAGGCCGAUGGCUCAGAUUGUGGCGUAUAUUUGGAUGUCACUGUGAUGUGGAAGCUUGGGCUCAGCCCAACAACAUCCAAAAAGACUCCUUCCAACGCAGAAACUCAGAAAGCACCAUCGAAGGAGGAGAAACCACCGGAACCUCGUCCAGCUGUGCCGUCGCAGAUUUCAGUGGACAACAUCCGAUCAGCCAGUUCUUCGCUAGAAGACGACUAUUCACCAGUUUCCGUCGUCAGCCCAAAAAUACCAUCAGUUGCGGAAAGCAUCGAAAGGGAAGGCGCUGUUUCGGAGCGAGAAGAACGUCUCGCGCGGGCCCAGAUGAAGCGGAUGGAGAAGGAGAAAGCCAGAGAUGAGAUCAGGAGUCUUCUCGGAGACCUUCCUCCAAUCGCCAAGCCGCGAUUGACAAAGGCGCCGUCAGAAUUCUCGAGUUUCCCGCUGUUCAGAGAUCAGGCAAAGCAAGGAAGUCAGCGAUCGAACAGUAGCACAGAAAGCGCCAAAAGUGACGAUACCACAGUUGAGCGACACAGAAGCGUCGUGUUCACAGAUCCGCUGCAUAGAUCAAUUCCUCGUGAUAUGAGAAAAGUUUCAGCCAGCGAGGCGUCCUCAGCUUCAUCUCCUCCUCCAAAACCAGCUGUUCGGCUUCCUGUCAGCGGGGGAAGAAGCGCUAUACGAACCAGACAAGAAGUUCGACAGGAAGAGGACGCAUCCGACUCAGACGAGAACCGAACAGUGUCGAUUUUUAUUGAUCGGAUCUACAUUCCUGAAUUUUCUCGCCUUCUUCAUCCCAGUUACGACAAUGUGAAAGUAUACGUUGAUUGGUUCUUCUUGGACUACCCACUUGAAGAAUCGAGAACUCCGGUGGCGAUUCCUCUUCCGCGGAUUCCGGAUUCACCUGGACUAUUUGUGUAUAAGAAAGAGUUUCACCUGUCACGACGGAGGGUUGCAUUACUCGACCAAUGGUUAGAGCUUGGUAAUCGUUUGGAUUUCACGCUGGUAACAGAAGGAGAUGACAGUGAAGAACUAGCCGUAGCACAACUUGAACUCAGCCGAACCGCUACCGAUGAAACGACGACAAUCCAGUUUCUGGACAUCAACGGCGAGCACUACGCCGAUUUGGAUCUCGUCAUCUCUUACUCACCACAGAUUUUCGAUUGUUUACGAGGUUGA